ACUUUACCGAUAGGCACUUCAAUUGAUGAUCUUCAAAUCCUCGACGUGCUCGGAUUGGGCGCUUACGGUCAAGUGUAUCUUGGCCAGCAUAAAGAGACGCAUGAACAUUAUGCCAUCAAAUCUUUGCCUCAAAUCGGAUUGGAUAGACGACAUCGGCUAUUUCAAGAAAACGAAAUCGCAUUGCAUUCACGAGUGUCCAAGCAUCGGCAUAUCAUACGAUUAGAACGAGUUAUUCGUCAACCGGAAUGGACCCAUGUUAUUCUCGAAUGUGGUUCCCAAGGCGAUCUAUUCAGCGCUAUCACAGAACGCGAUCUAUACUACGGCAACCAUGAUUUGAUCCGAAAAGUAUUUCUACAACUGUUGGAUGCUGUCAGCUAUUGUCAUGAUAACCAUGUCUAUCACCGCGAUUUAAAGCCUGAGAAUGUGUUGGUGUUCGAUAACGGGCAUACCGUGAAAUUAGCAGAUUUCGGCUUGGCGACAAGCGAGCCGGUCUCGAACGACUAUGGUUGCGGUAGUACUUUUUACUUUUCGCCAGAAUGUCAGGGUGACUUGGCGAGUCAGCAGACCCACCGUGUCGGUUAUGCGACGGGUCCAAAUGAUGUCUGGUCACUGGGUAUUAUCCUCACCAAUUUGGCUUCGGGCAGAAAUCCAUGGCGACAAGCGUCGCUUCACGAUGAGACAUUUCGAGCUUAUCUCAAAGAUCCCAACUUUCUGCUCAAGAUACUGCCCAUCUCCAAAGAAUUGAAUCAAAUCUUGAAACGAAUCUUGUGUGUCGAUCCUAUUCGGCGUAUUAGUUUGGAUGAACUCAAAAAACGGAUUCGGAGAUGCAAACACUUUACAAGAACCCCGUUCGUGGAACAAUACGAAGCCGAACUAUGCCGUCCCCUUCCCGCAUUAACGCUCAAGCCCAUUAUUACUUCCACCACCACCACUACCCCUCCUACGACCCCGCCUUCAUCACAAGAACAAAACUCCCACCACCGUCAACAACAACUACCACCCUCCCCGCCCGAUACUCCGCGCAUCGAU